AUGGGCGAGGCUUAUGACAUUGUCGUCGUUGGUGCCGGCUGGUACGGCCUGGCCGCCGCCAAAGCCGUCUCCCAGCUGCAGCCAGACAAGACCCUGGCCGUGUUCGACAGCGGCGCGAGCUGCGGCGGCACCUGGUCCGAGCAGCGCCUGUACCCGGGCCUCGCGUCCAACAACAUGCUCGGCACCUACGAGUACCCAGACUUCCCCAUGUCCACCGAGCGCUACGGCGUGCCGGCCGACACCCACAUCCCCGGCGGCGUGGUGCACCGGUACCUGACCGACUUUGCGCGCCAUUUCGGCUUCUGGGACAAGAUCCAGUUCCGCACCACCGUCGACGCCGUCGAACCGGCACCCGAUGACGCCUGGACCCUGAGCGUCACCGGCCCGGACGGCACCCGCCGCACCGUCGCCGCCCGCAAGCUGGUUCUCGCCACCGGCCUGACGUCCACCCCCAACAUGCCGACGUACCAGGGCAGCGCGGACCUCGGCGUGCCGCUCUUCCACGCCAAGGACUUUGGCGCCCGCGCGCCCGGGCUCGGGCCGGUGCGCAACGCCGUCGUCGUCGGCGGCGCCAAGUCGGCGUACGACGUCGCGUACGCGCUCGUGCAAGACGGCGCCACCGUGGACCUUGUGAUCCGCGAUGACGGGCGCGGCCCCGUCUGGAUCGCGCCGUCGCGCGUCACGCCGUUCAAGGCGCGCCUCGAUCAGCUGCUGCUGAUCCGGUGGAUGACGUGGAUGGCGCCGUGCCCAUGGGGCGGCGAGGACGGCUUCGGCCGCGUGCGGCGCUUCCUGCACGGCACCGCCCUCGGACGGCUGCUGGUCGACGCCUUCUGGAAGGUGCUGUCGGCGGACGUGGUGGCGGCCAACGGGUACGACGCGCACCACGAGGUGCGCAAGCUCAAGCCGUGGCACUCUGCGUUCUGGACCGGCAGCGGGCUGAGCAUCCUCAACUACGAGACGCCGUUUUUCGACCUCGUGCGCGACGGCCGCGUACGCGUGCACGUCGGCCAGGUGGACCGCAUGGAGCCGCGGACCGUGGUCAUGACGGACGGCACGCGGCUGGCGGCCGACGUGGUGGUGUGCGCCACGGGCUGGCGCAAGGAGUCGUCGAUUGAGUUUCACAAUCUGGGGCCGCGCCCGUUUGGCCUGGACGGGUCCGACGCCGAGCGCGCCAAGCGUAACGCCAAGGCGGACGGGGACGUGCUGGCGCUGUUCCCGCGGCUCCGGCAGCAGCCGCAGCUGCGCUUCGCGACGCCGCCGACGGGCGAGCCGCUGCGCCUCUACCGGUUCAUGGUGCCGGCCGGCCACGUGUUUUCGCGCAACGUCGCGUUUGCCGGCGCCAUCUCGAGCAUCAACACGUCGGUGUGCGCCGCCGCGCAGGGCCAGUGGAUCGCCGCCUUCUUCGCCGGCCGGCUCGACCGCCCGCCCGCCGAGGAGGAGCAGGUCGAGGACGAGAUCAUGUUGCACACGCAGUGGGGGCGGUGGCGGUACCCGUGCGGCUACGGCGCGAGCUUGCCGGAUUUUGUCUUUGAGGGGCUGCCGUAUGUCGAUAUGCUGCUGCGGGAUAUGGGGCUGAAGAGUAAUAGGAAAGGGAGCUACUGGGCCGAGUUGACGAAGCCGUAUCUGCCAAGCGACUUUAAAGGCUUGGUGGAGGAGUGGAAGGCGUCGCAUGACGGGAUCGAGGCGGCGACAGCUUGA